AUGUCAUUGGUCGCAUCCUCGAAGAAUCUGCUCCUUCGGUACUGGAACAGGCCUAUUAUGCCUCCCGUCGCCUCGCGCUACCUAGGCUCUCCUUUACAUCCGAUUCGUCCCAAGAUAUCCCACAUCUAUGCCAGCCGUGAUCGCGAUACCCUGUGGUGGCGAGUUUCCAUAGCACCCCUCCAGUCGCUCAAGCGAGUGGUUCGCUCUUGGUGCGGCCGGAGAGUGCGCCUCGCUUUCCGACAGGCCUUGCACCAGCAAGGCUUUGACGAAUUGGGACGUGCUAUUCCUUCUGAAUUCUCUCCAAAGGAAGAUUUGACAGGGUCCCUUGAAAUCACCAUCCGUACGCCGUGUGUCCAGGCAAGCUUUGAGACGGUCCAGAAGGAUGCCAACCACCUCUUAGAAAACAUCCUCGCGCAGCAGGCCACGCGCCUUUCAGGUGCAAAUUGUCAACCCAAAGAAACCUCAAAAACCUCGAAAACUGCCUGA